GUUAUUAUCGCAGUAACUCGUGAAAUUAAUUCAGUAUACUCUGCAAUACUUUAAUCGAAAAGAAAGACUAAUUUUUCAGUCCAUCGCAAUGAUGAAACUUUACUUAAUUGCACUAGUUGCAGCCAUACUUAUUUUGACUCCUUCAAAUGUAUCAUCUUCUGGUGACUUCCGUUACGAAUGCCACCCGACUUUUGUAAGGGUAUACGUAAACCCUCAGCCACUGCAGUCAGGAAAAAUUUCAAUAAAUGGCGUCUCUAAUCCAGCCUGUACUAAAGCGUUUGGAAAUGGCCAGAAAGUUGUUUAUGACAUGAGCUUCGAUAAAUGUUCACGUGGAUCCAGACAUAUGGCACUUUUGUACAGUUCAGAAACAUCUAUAAUCAUGGGUUCAUCGACUUCUACUUCAUCUUCAUCAACAACUAAAACGAUCACGUGUUAAAACAGCCAAUGAUUAAGUUUUAUAGUGAUUAAAUAUUGUAAUUAUUAUCAAUAACUGAUGUAAGACCAGCAGAUUUUUUUGAAAACUGCUGAGGUAGUUGUUAAAUAUCAAUGAUCAUGUAUUAAUUUUAUGUGAAAAUAUAUGACUAUUUA